GAGAGAAAGAUAUGUUUAGUUUACCUGCCGGCAGUGUUUCCGAGCAUCAGAGCUGACUGAGCAAGGGCUCUGUGAAUUGGUGCCCUGGGGAGACACAGCUGUGUGUUACAGCACCAGACUGGAAUCUCUCUCUGGCUCCUGUUCGUUUCCUUGUAUUUGUGUGUGGAAACAUAGUGAACCCCCUCCCCAUGGAGCACUAGAUCUAGAGCAAUCAGGAGCUCCCCGAAGCCGCACGACAUCGUUUAAUGACCUCAGAAGAAUCAUCUGGGGAAGAAUUCCUGUUUGAGAAGGAAAAAUGCAUUUGCAUUGAGCUCAUUUUCCACACAGGGAUCGAGAGGGGAAGCGGUGGGUGGGGUUAUGCUCUGAACUGUGUGUCAUGGCCCAAACUGGUUCUGGUUUUGUUCAGGGUGUAAAAGUUUGAUUCAUGACUCCAUUGUGAAGAUUUUACUCAAAACUCAUAUUUUCCCUUCUGGGAAGAGGGCUGUUUAACAAGCUCCUCAUUUAAAGUGCUUUCUGAUGUUGCUUUCUUAGUACAAAAAGCUGAACAAUUUUUUUCUGCUUGCAGGGUCCAGUAAAGCUCAAGUAUGACAGAACUGUUCCCCCGACACCUGCUGUUAAAAGCUGUUUCUAGGGAAACUCAGAGGUAAUGAAAAAUAAACAUCACCCCAGGACAGACUGUCGGGACUGGACGCUGAAACUGAACAGCCCUCAUACUGCUCUGUUUUAAAAUGUCAACAGCAUUUUCUUCCUUUAUGCCAGAAGAUUGUGUUUGCAAGCAGACUGGCACAAAAUCGAGAGCUGACACUGGAAUUAUGAAUUUGUGCGAGAACAGACAUCAAAGCCAGUGUUUGCAUCUGUUCUUUUCAUGAUACAACAAUUCUUAUGGUAUUGUAUGCCUAUUAUUUUAUGUCUGCCAUAGAGUAAAUACAAGGUCUUUUUUUUUUUUUUUUAACUGAAAAAUUGUGUAGGAUUUACUUCUAAACAAUUGUCACUCCAUUGCUAGUAAAUUUCACAAAUAAUUACAGUAGCCUACCACAUUAAUUAAAUGUGGAAUUAUGAGACUAAGACAGUAUUUUCUUGCAAAACAUGCUCUAAUAAUCUUUUUAUUUACAGCGUAUAAAAACGUCUAUUUUUAUAGUAUUUACAAUGUUUUAAUAUCAAACAAGGCAUUGGUAUCUCAGGGGGUUUAAAAUGUAAAAUAAAAAUUACAUGUAAAAAAGUAAGUCUACAUAACUUCUAUCAUAGACAUUCAUAUUAAAUGUAUAUCACAAAUUAUUAUUUUUUUAUCUUUAAGAGAAUUUUCCUUGCUACAAUAUUUUUAGUUUCGCGAGACGAACUCCGAGACAGACACUCGCUGCAUAAUUUGUGCUACUUUAAAAAAAAAAAAAUUUAACUACUGUUUUUUUUGGGGGGGGUUUGUUUGCAAGAGUCAAACAUAUGUCCAUGGCUGUUGCACUGGAAUUUGAAGACUGCUUGUCAAAGAAGUUUCCGGUUUAUUUUGGAACGUUGAACGCGUCGUUUGUGAACGCCCCCUUGAGUCUACGCGUGCUAUUAAUCUUGCGCGUGUGUUUUACUCGAGAUUAAUGUGUUGUAUGAUGAUGAGGAGGGCGGAUUCAGUUCUCAGAUCAGCUCAUUCUCUCUUUCUGUAAGCGCAGCUCUCUCUCUCUCUCUCUCUCUGUCCUGUACAGCGCAGGUUUGUUCCAGUGGAAAUAUUUCGUGUUUCAAUGCAUCGCUGAGGAAUCUGUUCUGGAUAUUUUCUGCAUCACUUUUGCGUGAAUUAUUUGUAAACAUGAAAGUUUGGGUCAGUCUCUUCGUGUUUAUGUUCGGCUGGUUCGCAGAGAGCGCACAGAAACAAGACGUACCGGUGAUAAACGUGUUGAGUUUGGAGGAUGUAAAGCAGACUGUGGCUGCGGUGGAGAAGAUCUCUUUAGCUCUGAAGACUCUCAGUGAUGUGUAUUUGAUGUCUUCCUUCCGUCUGCCUCCUAAACUGGGUGGAGUUCUGCUGGGCCUCUACAACAAGCAGGAUAACAAGAAAUACCUGGAGGUUGCCAUCAUGAGCAAGAUUAACAAAGUUCUGGUCCGGUAUGUUCGUGAAGAUGGGAAGCUGCACACAGUAAACCUGCAGAGCCCAAAUCUGGCAGAUGGACGCUCUCAGUCUGUUAUUCUCCGUGUCGGUGGCCUGCGCAGAGAGUACCUGAGCCUCGAGCUCUAUGUGAACUGUCGUCUGGCUGACUCCGCCCAGCGGCUGCCCCUGUUGGUCGCUCUGCCCAGAGAUGCAGAGCUGGUGGAGAUUCGUAAUGGCCACAAGGCAUACACUCGGAUGCAGGGUUCAGUGGAGUAUCUUAAAGUGGCACUAGGGGGCACUGUUGCCCAGGCUGGGGCCCUCACUGACUGCCCCUUUCAGGGGGAUGCCUCUUCAUAUAACAUAGUGAACGGCGAGGUUAAUUCUAUUCUAGGUGAUCACACUAAAGCUCUGAUUGGCCAGCUGAUCAUCUUUAAUCAGAUCUUGGGAGAGCUGAGAGAGGACAUCAGAGAACAGGUGAAAGAAAUGUCUCUCAUCAGGAAUGCUAUUCUGGAGUGCCAGAUGUGUGGAUUUCAUGAGCCGCGUUCACACUGUCAGCCCAGCCCCUGCUUUAAGGGUGUGGGCUGCAUGGAGACGUUCGAUUUCCCAGGGUACCGCUGUGGCCCCUGUCCGGAGGGCAUGACAGGGAACGGCACACACUGUCAGGAUAUAGAUGAGUGUGCAGAGGCUCAGCCGUGUUAUACACCAGGCGCAUGUGUCAACACAGUUAAAGGUUUCACCUGUGAGCCCUGCCCACCCGGACUGUGGGGUCCUCCUCUCACUGGAUUCAGUGUGGAAUAUGCAAAGCGUCAUCGUCAGGAAUGCUCUGAUAUCGAUGAAUGUCUUGAUUUGGCCAAUGCCUGCACACCCAACUCUAUCUGCAUCAACACCAUUGGAUCAUAUCGAUGCGGUCAGUGCAAGGUUGGAUAUGUUGGGAAUCAGACAGCCGGAUGUUUCCCUCGGAAAUCAUGUGCUUCUCUCAGUUUCAACCCCUGUGACACUAACGCUCACUGCAUCAUUCAGCGGAACGGCGACGUCACCUGCGCAUGUAAUGUCGGAUGGGCCGGUAACGGUCACACCUGUGGGAAGGACACGGAUAUUGAUGGUUAUCCGGAUCGCUCCUUGCCCUGCAUGGACAACGACAAGCACUGCAAACAGGACAACUGCAUCUUCACGCCCAACUCUGGUCAGGAAGAUGCAGAUAAUGAUGGGAUUGGAGACCAGUGUGAUGAGGAUGCAGAUGGAGACGGAAUAAAGAACGUAGAGGAUAACUGUCGGUUGGUUUCCAAUAAAGAUCAGCAGAACUCUGACACUGAUUCGUUCGGUGAUGCAUGUGAUAACUGUCCCACCGUUCCCAACAUCGACCAGAAAGACACUGACAAUAACGGAGAGGGAGAUGCUUGCGAUGAAGACAUCGAUGGAGACGGAAUCCAGAAUGUGCUGGAUAACUGUCCCAAAGUGCCGAACCCAAUGCAGACAGACCGGGACAGAGACGGAGUGGGGGAUGCGUGUGACAGCUGUCCUGAGAUCAGCAACCCCAUGCAGACAGAUGUAGACAAUGACUUAGUCGGGGAUGUUUGUGACACCAAUCAAGACACUGAUGGAGAUGGACACCAGGACACUCGAGAUAACUGCCCCGACAUCCCAAACAGCUCUCAGCUGGACUCGGACAAUGACGGCAUCGGAGAUGACUGUGACGAUGAUGACGAUAACGACGGGGUCCCGGACAAUCAUGCCAUCAACGGCAUCGGACCCGAUAACUGCAGGCUCAUUUCCAACCCCAACCAGAAAGACUCAGACAGUAACGGAAUCGGUGACGUAUGUGAGAAUGACUUUGACAAUGAUGCGGUGAUGGAUUUGAUUGACGUGUGUCCAGAAAGUGCUGAAGUCACACUUACAGAUUUCAGAGCCUAUCAGACAGUCAUUCUGGACCCGGAGGGUGACGCUCAGAUCGACCCAAACUGGGUGGUGCUCAAUCAGGGUAUGGAGAUUGUUCAAACCAUGAACAGCGAUCCGGGGUUGGCAGUGGGUUACACAGCGUUUAACGGUGUGGACUUCGAGGGAACUUUUCACGUUAACACGGUGACCGAUGACGACUACGCCGGCUUCAUCUUUGGCUAUCAGGAUUCAUCUAGUUUCUAUGUGGUGAUGUGGAAGCAGACCGAACAGACGUACUGGCAGUCGAUCCCCUUCAGGGCCAUGGCUGAUCCUGGUCUGCAGCUCAAGGCAGUGAAGUCUCGUACUGGUCCAGGUGAGUUCCUUCGUAAUGCUCUGUGGCACACGGGGGAUACGGAUGGAGAGGUGAAACUGCUCUGGAAAGACCCAAGAAACGUCGGCUGGCAAGAUAAGACCUCGUACCGGUGGCAGCUCAGCCAUCGGCCACAAGUCGGCUACAUCAGGGUGAAGCUAUAUGAAGGCACCGAGAUGGUGGCUGACUCCAAUGUCGUGAUUGACACCACCAUGAGAGGGGGGCGCCUGGGCGUGUUCUGCUUCUCUCAAGAGAAUAUCAUUUGGUCCAAUCUGCGCUACCGCUGCAACGAUACUGUUCCAGAGGACUUCAGUACACACCGUAAACAGGUUCUAAUGCACAUAAAGGUGUGAGGGGAGUGAGACGCCCUCCGUCUCUCUCUCUCUCUAGACCCUCUGAAACCCAGCGUGGGGCCACUGAACUCCUGUGUGCGAGGGGCCAAACAACCAGGACAGAUGAGAGAUUUACCCAGCGUCUGUGUCACUCCGGAUGAGGAGACUGAAUGAAAGGAGAGAAAAGACUUUUAUUUUACAUUUUGUGCGUUUAUGUGUGUCAUUGCGGAGCCGUAUAACGUGCGAGUACGAGUGUAUGUUUGAGAGAGUCCAUUAGCGUGUGUUUGCAUUAACAAUGGUCUUGAAAUAAAGGGAUAUGAUGUAUUUUCUAGAACACAACAACUACCCAAAUGGUUCUAUUAUCAUUAUUAAUACCUGACAAAAACAGAAAUCAAUUCUAAAUAUACCAAAAAUGACAGUUUAAUAUGUCAACCCCAGAAUUCUCCUGUUCUGUAUGCCAUUAAUGAUGAAUGAGAGCUAAGCUCAAGCAUAUGUAUAGAAAUAUAUUAAUUUAACAUUAGUUGAAAUAAAAUUAUAUUAAACAUUA